CCGGCGGGACAAAAGCGAGGACGCGGGGGGGGAGCGCCGCCAGCCGAGGCGAGCCGAGCGGGGCUGGGCCGGGCCGGGCCGUGGCGGGGAUGGUGCGAGGCCGGCGGCGCGGCCCGCGGGCGGCCUAGGAACCGGGCCGGGCGAUGCGGCCGUGAGGGCGGCGGGGCCGGGCGCCGCCGCGAUGCUCCGCCGCAGCCUGAGCCGCCUGUGUGCUGGGGAAGAGAAGCGGGUCGGUACACGCACCGUGGUGGUUGGGCACCGUCCAGUUUCAGAAACAGAUUCAUACGUGGCACAGAAGUUCUGCGACAACAGGAUCGUCUCCUCCAAGUACACCCUCUGGAACUUCCUCCCGAAGAACCUUUUUGAGCAGUUUAGAAGAAUUGCCAACUUCUACUUCCUCAUCAUCUUCCUCGUGCAGGUGAUAGUGGACACCCCAACCAGCCCGGUGACCAGUGGCCUCCCACUCUUCUUUGUCAUCACUGUCACAGCUAUCAAACAGGGAUAUGAGGACUGGCUGAGGCACAGAGCUGACAACGAAGUGAACAAAAGCAAUGUCUUCCUUGUCGAAAAUGCAAAGCAAGUGCAGAAAGAGAGUGAAAAAAUCAAGGUUGGAGACAUAGUAGAAGUGAAAGCAGAUGAGACCUUCCCCUGUGACUUGAUAUUUUUGGCCUCAAGCAGCAUUGAUGGGACCUGUUAUGUCACUACAGCAAGUCUCGAUGGCGAGUCCAAUUUCAAGACUCACUAUGCGGUGCGGGAUACCACCAUGCUCUGUACAGAUGAAGCCAUCGAUGCCCUCACUGCCACGAUUGAGUGUGAACAGCCACAGCCUGACCUCUACAAAUUUGUUGGAAGAAUUAUCAUCUACAGAAACAACCAAGAGCCCAUAGCCAGGUCCUUGGGUCCUGAAAACCUGUUGCUGAAAGGUGCUACCCUCAAAAAUACCAAGAAGAUCUAUGGAGUUGCAGUCUAUACUGGAAUGGAAACGAAAAUGGCUUUGAACUACCAAGGGAAAUCUCAGAAACGGUCUGCUGUAGAAAAAUCUAUCAACGUUUUCUUGAUAGUGUAUUUGUGCAUCCUAUUGAGCAAGGCUACUGUGUGCACAACUCUGAAAUAUGUCUGGCAGAGUAAUCCAUUUAAUGAUGAGCCUUGGUACAACGAGAAGACUAAAAAAGAGAGGGAGACAUUCAAGGUCUUGCGGAUGUUCACAGACUUCUUGUCAUUUAUGGUCCUCUUCAAUUUUAUCAUACCGGUCUCCAUGUACGUUACAGUAGAAAUGCAGAAGUUCUUGGGUUCCUUCUUCAUUUCUUGGGACAAGGAAAUGUAUGACGAAGAAAUAAAAGAAGGGGCGUUGGUGAACACCUCAGACCUGAACGAAGAGCUUGGGCAGGUGGAGUAUGUCUUCACGGACAAAACCGGGACCCUGACGGAGAACAGCAUGGAGUUCAUCGAGUGCUGCAUAGACGGGCACAAGUACAAAGACUGCAUUUCGGAGGUGGAUGGCUUCUCCCAGACUGAUGGACCCUUAAAGUACUAUGGCAAAGCAGAAAAGAGCCGCGAGGAGCUGUUCCUGCGAGCCCUCUGCUUGUGCCACACCGUUCAGAUCAAGGAAGCAGAUCAGGUGGAUGGGCUGAUAGGGCAUCCAGAACGCAAAUACACCUACAUCUCCUCUUCCCCAGACGAAAUUGCUUUGGUGAAAGGCGCAGAAAAGUAUGGUUUCACUUUUCUAGGACUUCAAAAUGAUUUCAUGAAAAUACGAAACCAAAAGAAUGAAACUGAAAUGUACCAGCUUCUCCAUGUGUUGAACUUUGAUCCUGUCCGUCGCCGUAUGAGUGUCAUUGUGAGAACCACCACGGGAAAGUUGCUUCUCUUCUGUAAAGGAGCAGACUCCUCUAUUUUUCCAAGGGUGCAGCAAGAAGAAAUCCAUCACACAAAAGUCCAUGUGGACCGCAACGCUAUGGAUGGCUACCGAACGCUCUGUGUGGCAUUCAAAGAACUGACUCAGAAGGAGUACGACAAAAUUGACAGACAGCUGAACGAAGCUAAGAUGGCUCUGCAGGACAGGGAGGAAAAGAUGGCAAAGGUUUUUGAAGACACAGAAGCAGACAUGCACUUGAUUGGGGCUACUGCUGUAGAAGACAGGCUGCAGGAGCAGUCGGCAGAGACGAUCGAAGCUCUGCAUGCAGCUGGCAUGAAGGUUUGGGUGCUGACGGGAGACAAAAUGGAAACUGCCAAAUCCACCUGCUACGCCUGCAGGCUCUUCCAGACUAGCACCGAGCUGCUGGAGCUGACAGCGAAAGUGGUGGGGGAGGGUGAAAGAAAGGAGGAUCGGCUCCAUGAGCUGCUGAUGGAGUACCAUAAAAAGCUGAUUCAGGACGUUCCCAAAAGCCGGGGAGGCCUGAAGAGAAGCUGGACAUUGAGUCAAGAAUAUGGCCUGAUUAUAGAUGGCUCAACGCUGUCACUGAUACUCAACCCUUCUCAGGACUCCAGUUCUAGUAAUUACAAAAACAUAUUUCUACAAAUCUGCUUGAAGUGUACUGCAGUCCUCUGCUGCCGGAUGGCCCCUUUGCAGAAAGCACAGAUUGUGCGAAUGGUGAAGAACACAAAAGGGAGCCCGAUAACACUCUCUGUAGGGGAUGGUGCAAAUGAUGUUAGUAUGAUUUUGGAAGCACAUGUUGGAAUAGGUAUAAAAGGCAAAGAAGGACGGCAGGCUUCCAGAAACAGCGACUAUGCUGUGCCAAAGUUUAAACAUUUAAGAAAAUUGCUACUAGCACAUGGGCAUUUAUAUUACGUGAGAAUAGCACACCUUGUACAGUAUUUCUUCUAUAAGAACCUUUGCUUCAUUUUACCGCAGUUUUUAUACCAGUUCUUCUGUGGAUUCUCACAGCAGCCACUGUACGAUGCUGCUUACCUUACCAUGUACAACAUCUGCUUCACAUCACUACCUAUCCUGGCUUACAGCCUCCUGGAGCAGCAUAUCAGCAUCGACACGCUGACCUCAGAUCCACAGCUGUAUAUGAAGGUUUCGGAUAAUGCAAUGCUGCAGUGGAGGCCGUUCCUGUACUGGACCUUUCUGGGAGCCUUUGAAGGACUCGUGUUUUUCUUUGGGGUUUAUUUUCUUUUCCAAAAUUCAUCAUUGGAAGAUAAUGGAAAGGUUUUUGGGAACUGGACCUUUGGGACAAUUGUUUUCACUGUGCUGGUGUUCACCGUCACUCUGAAGCUAGCAUUAGAUACCCGAUUCUGGACGUGGAUGAACCACUUUGUGAUUUGGGGCUCCCUUGCCUUCUAUGUCUUUUUCUCGUUCUUUUGGGGAGGAGUCAUUUGGCCUUUCUUGAAGCAGCAAAGAAUGUAUUUUAUAUUUGCCCAUAUGCUGACUUCUGUUUCCACAUGGCUGGCAAUAAUUCUCCUGAUCUUUAUCAGUCUUUUCCCAGAAAUUCUUCUGAUAGUUUUAAAAAAUAUAAAAGAGAAAAACCAUCAGAGCAGCAGGAAGGUACCUGAAUCAUUGUCGGCCAGAGCUUCUGUCAGACCACUUCUUUUAAGAACAUUCUCAGAUGAGUCUAAUGUGUUAUAACAGACUGGCCCCUUUGAUCUGCCUAUGUUAGUCUCAUACAAACGUAUAGAGAAUGGUUAUGUGAAGACUGAAGAUGCUGUUACUAAUUUGGCAGAAAGAUAUCCUCUCAGGAUACUUUAAAGUGCUCCAUACAAACACUGCGUAUUGUCAUGCUGUAGGAAAAAAACAUGGUUUUUAACCUGACAGUUCUCUUUAAUAUUACCAAGUACAGUAAGCAGCCAUGCUAAUAAAGCAGUAGCCAGGGCACUGGCCCCAUGGUACCUGUUUGUCUUUGGUCUUGUGGCUUCCUCGCCCUCCCCACGCCUCUCCUCCCCGCCGAGAAAAAAAGUCUGCCAAAUUCUACGUUGUAGGAGGCUGAGAAAGCAUCGUUAGGAAUUUAUCCAAAACAGCAUGAAUCGAAGUGCAAGAGCGCAACACUAGCCCCGUUUCACGUGGGGGCUUCCUCUGCCCGCUGCAGAUCUGUCCGAGAGCAGCAGAGAGCUGCUUAAGCCUCUUGCUCUGCCUGACCAAAGAAGUAGCGCAGACUUCAAACCCAAUAACCGGCCCCUCCGGCUCCCCGAAGGCGAUGGGGAAAGCUGGCUCCUUUCGCGCAGAAGCUGGAUGCAGCCCUGUGAGCAUCUUUCCUGGUGCUGGGGCUGUGACCCCUCGGUGGGGGCUGCCCCCUCCCAGCGAUGGAUUACCAGAUGCACGCAGCAGAAGUACUUGAAAAUUUGGGAGAAAUCUUUGCCGGCGGUGCAAUGCCCACGGUUGCAUGUCCCUCCUCUGGGUACGGCAGGAAGCGGUCUGCGGUCCCUACGCAGCGGCGUGUCCGUGCGGAGCCCCACGGCGCUGGGAAGCACCUGGGCAUCCUCCCACGGCCAGUUUGCUGAGGGGCAUAUUCCUGAUGGAGGGUGAAGAAAAGGUCAUUUUUCCCUCCUGUUGUGGCUGUUUGUGAUGGAAGGAAGCUUUCGUGGGGAGGAAAGAAUCUCAAAAGUUGGGCUGUGCCAGACUUUCAGCCAUUUUGCCCGGGCUCCUGUGGUUGUGCUUACAUUACUGCACCGUGCAGUUGCUUCAACACUUUAAAGGCCUGAGUGACAGCGCGGUCCUUGGAUGAUCCCAGGGACACGGGCUGUGCCUGUAAACCUGCAGGCAUGUAAAACUGCAUCUUGAGUUAUUUGCACUAAGAAAAAAAGAAGCCAGUUUAAAAAUAAAAGGAAUACACGAACCUGAUUUCAUUUUAUACUUUAUUUGGUUUUUAAAUUGGCAUGUUCUUUUUUAAAUCUACCUGUAUCAUGGUUGUGGGAACUUUUCUCUUUAGGUUGUGAGAUGCCUGAUGCUCAAUUUUUUUUUUUAAUGUCUGAUACUUAAUAUGUGGAAAAACCAACUUUUUUGUUAUAGUAAGUCAUAAGGGGUGAUGGAGCACGCUGUGUGCCCCCCAACGUUUGGUGUGAAGAUCCCCCCUCCUCUGCAGAGCGACACAGAGGAACUUCUGUGAGAAGCGUUUGGUUCUGGUUUGAGAAGUGACAAGCUCUACGCUGCAGCUGGGUUUGGCUCCUGCUCUCUCAGGCUUUGUGUCACUUACAUGCAAAGAAACAACAAUGUGGGACUGGAUGGAAUAUUCCCUUCAUCAAAUUUUGUUGAACUAUGGACUAUUAAUUUUUGGAAGGACUGACUCUUGCUCUCGGGCUGCCACCGCCGAGGUCCGCCUUUGACUCCGGCGGAAGCAGGAUGCAGAUCUGCGGGCAAAUGCUGGCGUGCAUCGUAAGGCCUUUGCAGUGGGCCUUACCUGAGUGGAAGAGGGCUGCGCACAGUCCCUGGUGGCUGCUCUCACAUCACCCAGCUUCGGAGGGCACCGACGGACAGGACCACUGUAUUAUACCCACUGCACUGGCCUCAACGCCAGUGGUGUUUGCUAGCACUGCGUUAGCGACCGCGGCACGACUCCUUGCUGCAUGAAGCGAGGAGCUGCACUUCCAGCAUGUGUCACACAGGCGAAGCUUUUUUCUUUUUUCCCUUCUGUUUUUUCCCUUUUUCUAGCUCAUUUCACAGACCUAGAAUUCAACUUGCAGACUUUGUCCUAUUCUCAACUUUUCUUGCUAAAAUGUGGUGCCUACAGAUCAAGUAUGCGACGAAUACAACGAAAAUACGCUCUAUAUGCCAAAUCUAACCUUUCUCCUUAAAUAUACAGUUGCUGACUUGUGUUUACAUAACCUUUAAAAUGUGGGCACUGACAUGCCUAAUUCCUGCGAUUCAGAACCAUUCCAAGCCCCAGUGGUCCCAAGCCUGACCCCUUGCUUCUCCGUUUGUGUUGUACCCUGCUCCUAGGUUCCGAGUCUGUUCCUGUGAAAUUCAGCUGGGGGUUUUGCUGGUGAUGUUAGUGGGAACAGGGCGAAGCUUGCCACGUAUGUGCGAUGUGUGAACUGUCUGAAUAAAGCCACUUAAAUGGGCUAAUUUCUACAGUCUGUUUUAAGAUGGAACCUUCCAAGAACCAAAUCUUUCCAAGUCUCAGGAUGGAGCAAACCAUCGCAACAGCUGUCUGUUCAAAUCCAAGGCAUGUGUGCUGACAGGCGGGCUGGAAUUAAUGUGAAAAUGUCUUUAAGAGCAGCUCUUUUGGGAAAAUGUGGGUUUUCUUGGGCUUGGAUCUUCAGCUAGUGCACUGGUGUAGUGUGGGGAUGCCGGGGUAGCUGGACCUGCUGAAGAGCUGAUCCUCGUCAUUCAGCAAUAGCAGAAGCGAAAUUCCUGUUGCUGUGGGUGGCUUGUGAAAUCGGGGGAAACAGGAGACCCCUUUUGGGGUUAGAGAAGGGAAGAAAAAGUGGCGAUAAUACAUGUAAGGUAUCAGCCAGCAGGAUGCCGAAGUGGCAGUAGGCCGACAGUGAUGCUCUGAUUGUUGUUCAUGUACUGUAAUACCUGCUGCACCGCUACAGCGCUCCUCAGCGAGCUGAAAGGUCAGUACAGGCUUACUGGUGGAAAAACUUGAAGGAAAAAAGGCUCGGGUUUUUUUCAUAAUAAUUCAUUGAAGUUUAAUCACUGACUAGUGACACUGAAAGAUAAGAAAAGUAAUUAAGAUUCCCUCUAAAACUGGUAUGUGAUAACGGAAGAACUUGGUGUAGUCAUAGCUACUUUUCAAAAACUAAUCUUAAUCGUUAUGAGAAUAUUAUAAAUUACUUGGAAUUGCAUAAAAGCUUAAAAUUGAAUUUGUAUCCACGCUGUUGAAAAACUUACCUACUACUGCACCAUUUAUCCAAUUUCCCAGGUGUGGAUUUUUUUAAAAAACCAUGUAGUAUACAGGAAGUGUAAAUUAUCUACAGGCAAUGAGGAGAUACAUUUUCAGCUUCUUACAAAAAAAAAAAAAAAAAAGGACUGCAACCUUACAUUUUUUCCACUUAAAUGCAAUUUUAUACAUUUAUGUUGCUUUAUAUAAGGGAAAUUGAAUGUGAAUGUUACCUUUUAUGAAUGCAACUUGCUCUUUUUUCAUUACGGAAACUUUUGUUUGAAGUAAUCAAUAAACUUUGGUAUGUUGUUCUGAUUAAUAUA